AUGGCGGCGUCCAGGUCCAUCAUCUUCUUCGCAGACGGCUCGCAGGAGACGCAUACGGGUCUGCGCCGCAUCCUGCACGCGCAGACCGCGGGCUCCUUGCUCUCUCGCUUCCUGGAUCGCGUCAAGUGUGCUCUUCAGGAAGAGGUCGCCCGCGUGCCUCCCGUCGACCGGAAUGGAUUACCCGACUUCCACAACCUAGAUUGUGCUGGUGCAGCUGGGGCACUUCAUUGCGUAAGUCGCUGGCCGCAAAUCGACUCGUCCACCACGCUGACUCCGGAAUCCAACAGCCGCUACGAACGCGCCGAUGAGCCGUAUCCCAACGCGACGGAGAACGUCGUCGUUGGCGUCUGUUUUGGGGAGCUUUCGGCAGCGGCUGUCAGUCUGGCAAAGAGCCUGGUUGAGCUCAUUCCUCUCGCCGUCGACUCCGUUCGCCUCGCCUUCCGAGCAGGCAUUGCCGCCAGCGUGGUGGGCAAUGGCUUGGAACGACGGACGCAGCCGGCCCAAUGCUGGUCCACGACCGUUUCCCGCGACUGCGGACUGGCCGACGAGGGGAAGCUGGACGCUCUCGGGGAGCAGCUGGGAAUCCCAGAACAUCGUCGACCCUACAUCACGGCCUUCAGUCGCAAAACCAUCACGAUUGGGGGCCCUCCGUCCAGUCUCAGGAGGCUGCUCAAUUAUCUAAGGGAGACCGGCAAUGGCGCUUCUCUAGGCACUUCUCGCGACAUUCGCAUUUACGCGCCCUACCAUGCUUUUCGGUAUUUUUCGCGGGAAGAUGUCCGUCGUCUCGUGGAUGGCCCCGUGCCGUCAGGCGACAGUUUCAAUGACGGAGUCUGGCAGGGACAGUCGAGGACCUUUAUCGGGGCUGCUACGGGGAAAUACUACACUGCGACGAGUCGGCGAGAACUGUUGGAGGAUGUCAUGUAUAACAUUCUUGCCCAGCCGAUCCGAUGGGAGGAAGUCGUCACUGCAUGCAAGCUGGCCACCGAAGAGUCCAAGGUCUCGGCCUGGAUGGUUCGACCAUUCGCCCAGUCGAGCCUGGCGAAGAGCCUUACAUCUUCUCUGAGGGCAAUCACCGAUAUUCAACUCACCUUCGAUGAUGCUUUCGGCCUGCAAACGACCCAGACUCCGCGCGCACGUCAUUUCCCCAUUGCUAUCGUCGGCAUGGCGGGCCGCUUUCCGAAGGCUGAUGACCCAGAUGCUCUGUGGGAAGUGCUGAAAGCUGGACUGGACUGCCACACCGAGAUUCCUGUGGACCGCUUCGACCCUCGUACACACCUGUCCCAGCCCGCAUACGGAUGCUUCCUCGAUCGACCGGGGAUGUUUGAUGCUCGCUUCUUUAACAUGUCUCCGCGGGAGGCUCUUCAAACUGACCCGGGGCAGCGGCUGGCACUCGUCACAGCCUAUGAGGCCCUGGAAAUGGCCGGUUUUGUCCCGAACCGGACCCCCUCGACUCAGCUGGACCGCGUUGGCACGUUCAACGGCCAAGUCGCUGACGAGUACAAGGAGCAGAAUCUGGCUCAAGAGUAUGUUCAAGCUUCUCAAUUCUUUUUGUUCCUCAUGGCUCAUACGAACCAAACACCACAGGGCCGUAUCAACCACUUUUUCAAAUUCGGCGGGCCGGCUGUCAGCCUCGACACGGCUUGCUCAACCAGUUCGGUUGCGCUGCACAUGGCUUGCAAUGCGAUCUGGAGUGGAGAGUGCGAUACCGCCGUCGUCGGUGGAAUGAACAUCAUCAGCAGCUCCGACAACUACGUGGGAUUGAGCGCUGGCCACUUCAUCUCCCCGACCGGAGGGUGCAAGACCUGGGACAAGGACGCCGAUGGCUAUUGCCGCGGGGAAGCCGUAGCCUCAGUGGUUCUCAAGCCAUUGGAGGCGGCGCAGGCCGACAACGAUAAUGUGCUUGGUGUGAUCUUGUCGUUCGCAACAAAUUACUCGGCGAAUGCGGAUUCGAUCACCCGUCCGCAUGCUCCGACGCAAGAAAGUCUCUACCGGACUGCGUUACGAGAUGCUGGUCUUCGACCGUUCGAUGUUGACUACAUUGAGAUGCACGGGACCGGAACGCAAGCGGGCGACACAGUCGAAAUGAAUUCGGUGUGCAACGUCUUUGCUCCCACGUCUCCCGUGCGUCCUCCGGACAAUCCAUUAUAUGUCGGCGCCGUCAAAGCAAAUGUCGGUCAUGGAGAAUCGGCUUCCGGCAUAACAGGGCUCAUGAAGACCCUGUUGGUCCUUCGCAAGCAACAAUUACCUCCACAUGUCGGCAUCAAGACCGCAAUCAACCCCAAGUUGCCUGAUCUGCAAAAGCGAAAUGUGCACAUUCCCUUCCACCAGACGCCGCUGCCUUCGAAGCGCGGACAAGGAUCCAAGCGGCGCAUCCUACUCAACAACUUUAGUGCCGCAGGUGGUAACACGGCCUGUAUUUUGGAGGAGCCGCCGGAGCGAUCGAUCGACAGUAGCCGACUGGAUCGGCGAUCUCACCAUGUCGUUACUAUCUCUGGGAAAUCAGUCACGUCGGUCCUGAACAACGCUCGCAAUUUGAUGGCCUAUCUCGCAGAGUGGCCGGACGUCUCUCUAUCCGACUUGUCCUACACUACCACGGCGCGCCGCAUGCAUCAUCCCCUGCGGCAGGCGUUCGUUGCCAGUUCCAUCGCCCAUCUGACGGAACAGUUGUCCGCGUUCCUCUCGACUCCCAACCCCACCUGGCCGAAGAAGUUAUCUCGGGUCGCCUUUUGCUUCACCGGCCAGGGAUCUUUCUAUAUGCCGAUGGCACGGGAUCUCUUCGAGCACAGCAGUCAAUUUCGACAAGAUCUGCUCCGGUUUGACCGCGUGUCGAGAGAACAUUGCUUCGCGACCUUUCUUCCCGUCGUGGAUGGUAGCGGCGCCGAUUCGACCGUAACAGAAGUCCAAAAGCAGCUGGCCAUUGUUGCGGUGGAAAUGGCGCUCUUCCGCUUCUUCGAAUCCCUCGAUAUAAGUCCAAGCCUGGUGAUCGGUCACAGCCUUGGCGAAUACGCAGCCCUCUACGCGGCUGGGGUCCUGUCAGCCAACGAUACUCUCUACCUUGUCGGCCAGCGGGCCUCUCUGCUGGAGACGUCGUGCCCGUUGAUGACAUCCGGCAUGCUGGCCGUACAAGGUGGUGAAAACACAAUCAAGCAUCUGCGAGAGAAGUACAGUGCACUCGAGAUUGCUUGCAUCAACGGGCCCCGGGAUGUUGUCCUGAGCGGGCCGCGGGAACUCUGCGAAGCAGCCAUGACGCAGCUCAGAAGUCAGGGUGUCCAUUGCCAGCUGCUUGCGAUCCCGUUCGCAUAUCACUCUUCGCAGAUGGAACGGAUCUUGGAUCGCUUCGAGCAAAUGGCGACGGCGGUUCACUUCGAGAAACCAAAGGUUCCUCUGGUGUCUCCGUCCACCGAGACGGUGGUCCAUGAGGCGGGUAUCAUCGGUCCGUCGUAUCUUCGAGAUCAGACGCGCCGAUGCGUCCGGUUCUAUGGCGCACUUCUACAAUGCGAGCAAGCGGGCCUGGUGGAUGAGAACACCGUCUGGCUCGAAAUCGGACCUCGUCCCAUCUGCAUGGGCAUGAUCAAGGCCACUCUCGGGUCACAGGUGCGUCUCUUGCCGAGUCUCCGAGAAGGCGAAAAUGACUGGGCUGCGAUUAGCAAGUCGCUGGCUUCUUUGCAUACUUGGGGUUACGACAUCAAUUGGCAAGAGUACCAUCGAGAGUUUGAGGCCGGCAAACGCCUCCUUACUCUCCCCAGAUAUGCCUGGGACGAAAAAGAAUACUGGGUCCCGUAUCGGAACGAUUGGCUGUUAUACAAGGGUGCACGCAAUGAGCGUGCCCAGACUGCUCUUUCGCCCGCGGGUCCGAACACUACAACAGUGCAAAAGCUUAUUUCUCAAGAGGUGGAGGACAGGAAAGUGACUCUGGUCUUCGAGACAGAUCUUGCAGAGUCCAAGAUGCAUGCCAUGAUUACCGGGCAUGUUAUUAACGGAUCCGGUCUCUGUCCUGCGUCGGUCUAUGCAGAUAUCGCCUUAACGAUCGCUGAUUACAUCCGAAAAAAUUACCCCGUGGAGGGUCCCUCAUCAGGAAUCAGCGUUGGACCCAUGCAAAUUUUACACCCCAUCACCCUUCCCAGGGUUUUCCCUCAAGAGAGAAAGCUGCUGAGAAUGAGGGCUGUCGCCGAUUUAGCGACUGGUAAAGGGACUGUGGAGUUUGGUCUCGAUUCUCGAGAGCGGGGUAACGACGAGCCCAAUGCCAAGUGCUCGAUCCAGUAUGCGGAAUCAAACGCCUGGCUGGCCAAGUGGUCGCAAUCGUCAUAUCUGGUCCGAAACCGAAUCGAUUCCCUUUCCCGCGGGAUCACUGAAGGAACGACACACAGGAUCCUCCGCGGGAUGGCAUACAAACUCUUUUCGUCCCUAGUCGAGUACGACCGCAAGUACCAAGGCAUGCAGGAAGUCCUGAUCAACACAGAGGAGUUGGAAGCCGUGGCCACACUCCAGUUAUACUCCGGAACAGAUGCGGGCUCUUUCUUCUGCAACCCCCUCUGGAUCGACAGCCUCAUGCAUCUCUCCGGGUUUAUCAUGAACGCCACCGACGCACUCGAUUCCCGAGGUGCGGUCUUCAUCUCUCACGGCUGGGAAUCGUUCCGGCUGGCGCGGGAGAUUGAUCCCUCCCGGACGUAUCGAGUCCACGUCAAGAUGCAACCACUGCAGGGAACCGUCUAUG